AUGGCUGAAGCGCACCUCUCUGCGCUGCGCGAAGCUAUGAAGCAGUCUACGCCGUGGACAUGCGGUGUGCUUGAUGUCUGGCCCGAGGACUUGGCGCUGUUCUACAAGCAGACUGCCAGCAAUGAACGACUGGCCGCGGCGAUGCUCAACUUUGCAGAGGCAACUGAGGCGUGUGAGCCCGCGACAUUUGGGCUGGGGACAGAAGACGUGCUUGACGAGGGCUACCGCAAGGCGGGGCAACUCGACUGCGGAAACUUUGCUGCGUCGCUUGAUAUUGGGACGCUUAAUAUUCUCGAUGAAAUUGUUGGAGAGCGCGAUAUAGGCGCGAUGCAGUAUGGGUGGCCCGUGCAUGGGAUAUGCCGGGCAGGAGAUAUUCCGGACCGAUGUCACGUGCUCCUCAGUCACGGUCGUUUCCCAUCCACGACUGAGAGUCGUUUCCCAUCCACGACUGAGUCUUCUACAGAAAUCAUGCCGGAGUUGCUCGAAGGACGCGAUGACGCGGUUAUCCGGGCGGAGCUUUAUAAGCUAAAUGUGUAUGGCCCUGGUUCUUUCUUCAAGUCUCAUAAGGACACGCCCCGUGGAAAAAGCAUGGUUGGCUCGCUCGUCAUUGUUCUCCCCACAGAGCAUCAAGGCGGACAAUUAAACUUAUCACACGGCCAGAACUCGUUCAUGUUUGACUCUGCAAUACAACUUGCUGGUAAAAACGGCUCAAUCGCAUACAUCGCCUUCUUCAGCGAUGUCACCCAUGCUGUCGAGCCCGUUAUCGCUGGCCAUCGGGUCACACUCACCUACCAUCUUCUCCUUUCACUCAAAUCGUCCUCGCAUGAUCUGAAUACCGUGACAAGACAGCCAUCGUCUGAGGCUGAAGUCGCCUUCCAGACGGCGUUGGCUGCGCUGCUUGCCGACACUGCUUUCCUACCCGAAGGCGGUUUCCUUGGCUUUGGUCUUGAGCACGAGUACCCGUCCCACGCACAAUUUCCGACCCACUGGCAAACACCAUCGGCCACGUGCUGUCUAUGCUCAAGUUAG